AUGUGCACAAUCGAAAUAAUGUGUGGCCGUUACGUGUUGGCUCUUAAGCCUCCUGAAAUCCGUGAAGUAUUCCGGAAUAAUGGAAUGAAUAUUGAAUUGGCCCCAGAGGAUACAGUAGGCCACACGCCUGAAAUAACCUACAACCUUGCUCCAGGAAAUCAUGGACUAGUUUUAGUUCCAUGGAAGCACUACAGUAGCAAAGAUGAUCCUUCGUCCAAAAAAAACCUAUUCGUGCAAGGGGACGCAUCGAUGAAUAAAGAAGUUUCAGAAUCCAACAAGGUCAACUAUCACCUACAGACAAUGAAAUGGGGUAUCGUCCCAAUGUGGUCAUCAAAGAAUUCUGUAACUGGUGCGAGUCCUACACUCAUUAACUGCCGUGACGACUCCCUAGCAGAAAACAAAAAUAUAUGGGCAUCACUUAAAAAUAGAAAUCGGUGUGUGGUAAUUGCUCAGGGGUUCUACGAGUGGCUUAGAAAAGACAAAGAUAAAAUUCCUUACCAUAUUAUGAGAAGGGACCAGAAGCUUAUAUGCAUGGCAGGAUUAUUCAACAAUAUUUCAGUUGACGGAAACGAUGAUAACAAGAAGUUUUGCACGUAUACAAUCAUUACAACAAAUGCUAAUGAUCAAUUGAAGUUCCUUCACAAUCGAAUGCCUGUCACAUUCGAAAUUGGAUCCGAAGAACUGCAGACAUGGCUGGAUCCUCGUCAGUCAAAAUGGUCCAAGAAUCUCCAACAAUUGUUGAAACCAUAUGCCGGAGAGCUGCAGAUUUAUCCCGUCAGCAGAGAUGUCGGAAAUCCGAAAAAUAACUCACCUAGAUUAAUACUCCCAAUAAAAACUAACGAGACAAAGACAAAUAUAAAGAAUUAUUUUACCAACUAUCUAACAAAAACUGAAUCCCCAAAUAUUGCUUCAAAAUUAUCUGAAGAAGUUGAACGUGGGAUUUCCAACUCAGAAGAUAAAGAAAUUCUUUCCUGCCAAGUAAGCAAUGAAAUAUUUGGUCUGAUAUGCAAAAAAAGAUCUCAGCUUAUAACCCUUAAGGCUACUGAAAAAUAUAAUUUGGGCUCUAAGCGAAAGUCUGAUCUACCUGAUGAUGCGCCACGGAAAAAAGACCGCAAAAUAAAUAGAUGUCUAUCGCACGAAAUAUCUACUAAAACAUGUCCUAGACCAGAGAGAAUCAGUGUUAGAAGUUAUAAAUCCCCGAAACCUAAAAGGUUCAUAAACAAGAAAACGGGCUGUCAGGAGAUCAGCAAAUUUUUUGAAAAGUGA